AUGAACCAAGAUCGCUCCCGAGAGGAGUCCAAACCUACACCCCUUGCCCAACUCGGCCAAUUUUCGAAGCUACCGCCAGAGCUACGCUUCCAGAUCUGGAACUAUCUCUUCGACGACUUCAAAAGCACGUCCAGCUCAUCCGGCCCUAUAUCAAUUCUUUUUUGCAAUCGAGGUCUCUACGAGGAGACAUCUCGUAUUCUCUAUGAACAUCGUGUCUUCAGUCUUACGAUCAACAUUGAUUCCUGGAUCGAAGACUCGUUAGAAUUCACGGCGAUUGUGGAGGUGAUAAAAGGUGCUAGAACGCCAGUCGCGGUCAAAUGUAUACAAUUGAGAUGCCUUGAUGAUGUUCUUCGGCUACUCCAACAGUCUCCGAGCUGGAGACUCCAUAGAUGUGGACCCUGCAUUCGCGUCAGAUACUUCUACUUGCUGUCGCCUAGCAAGGAGCUAUGGCUCUGGGAGUGUGUCCACAGCAUCGUCAAGACUCUGAAACUCUUACCAAACGGCAAACAUAUUAGAUUCACGACUUUCCAUCCCCGCCCCCAAAGACCACGGUAUACUAUGGAACUCACGAAGAGUGGAGUGCUGAAGGACUGGUUCGAUGAAAGAUUCCCAGGGGAGCCAUUACCAUUUCCGGACUGCCCAUUUACAGGAACUCAUAAUCACAAUGAUCCCCCCGGUCCAUGUCUCAACAUACCGGUCUACCACUAUGCCAUAUUGAAGGCCAUUGAUUCUUUCGAACUCGGACAACAUGAGCAAAACAGGCUCCAUACCGAGUCACGAUCUUCGAGAGUCGAAUUCCAGCCUAUGAAGAAUGAGUACAUGGACCUGUCAAGACUGCACCCUGAAUCGUUGCCUCCCACCACCCAGUUCUUUCACACCUCACUAACACCCCGUUUAUUGGCUAACACUGCUCUUGCCUGA